AUGCCUGGCUGCCGGGGCGUCGGCGGCGUUGGCUUGUCGGAGCGGAGCCCGCUGCUGGCUUACCGCCUGUGCAGCAGCGUCUCGGUGGAAGCGGAGCCGCCGGGCAGCAGCAACAGCCGGGACCGCAAGCUGCCCACUUUCUCGGGCGUCGUGGUCCCCACCUUGCUCUCCAUGUUCAGCGUGGUGCUCUUCCUGCGCCUCGGUUUCGUGGUGGGUCAGGCCGGCUUGUACCAGUCCCUGGGCAUGUUCCUCGUGGCCUACUUCAUCAUUGGCAUGACCGUCCUGUCUGUCUGCGCCAUUUCCACCAACGGGGCCUUGGAUGCUGGUGGUGCCUAUUAUAUGAUCAGCCGUGCCCUGGGGCCCGAGUUUGGUGGCAGCAUUGGGAUUAUGUUCUUCUUAGCCAAUGUUUGUGGCAGCGCCCUCUACAUCCUGGGGCUGGUGGAGGCCGUCGUGGAUGACUUUGGCGUGCCAGGAGAGGGCACCACCGGCACGGCUAUCCACGUCCUGCCGCGCGGUUACUGGUUCGACCUCUUGUACGGCACGCUGCUGCUCCUCCUCUGCCUGCUCGUGUGCCUGGUGGGUGCCGGCAUCUAUGCCAAGGCCAGCUUCCUGAUCUUUCUCAUUGUGAUGGUGGUGCUGGGCACCGUGUGCCUCAGUUUCUUCGUGGUGCACCCCCACGCGGUGCAGCUCCCUCCGAACGACAACGGGACGGUCCGUGCCAACGCCUCCUUCACCGGCUUCAAGUACAGCACCCUCCUGGACAACCUGCGAGCUGACUACGGCGUGGAUUACACGACCGGACGCCUGAUGAGCUUCAGCACGGUCUUCGCCGUCAUGUUCAACGGCUGCACGGGGAUCAUGGCUGGCUCCAACAUGUCUGGGGACCUCAGGCGGCCCAGUUACUCCAUCCCCCGGGGCACCAUCACGGCUGUCAUCUUCACCUACAUCGUGUACAACUUGUUGGCUGUGAUGCUGAGUUGCACCUGUGACAGACUCCUCCUCCAGCGGGACUACAGCUUCCUGAGGGACAUCAACUUCUGGCCCCCAUUCGUCAUCAUUGGCGUCUACUUCUCCACUCUCUCGGCCGCCAUGAGCAAUCUCAUCGGGGCCUCCCGGAUCCUCUACGCCUUGGCCAAGGAUGACCUCUUUGGCAGAGUUCUGGCCCCGGCAAAGCGGACGUCCCGUGGGGGCAACCCCUGGGUGGCUGUGGUCUUCUCCUGGGUGCUUGUACAGCUGGUGCUCUUCUCUGGCAAGCUGAACACCAUUGCGGCCGUGGUCACCAUCUUCUUCCUGCUCGUCUAUGCCACCGUGGAUUUGGCCUGCCUGGCGCUCGAAUGGGCAUCUGCCCCAAACUUCAGGCCCACGUUCCAGUAUUUCACGUGGCACACCUGUGUGCUGGGCAUUGCGGGCUGUCUUGUCAUGGUGUUCCUCAUCAGCCCCAUCUAUGCCUCGGCCAGCGUGGCCUUCAUGGUGGUCCUCCUCGUGGCUCUCCAUUACCUGUCGCCCAGCAGCAGCUGGGGCUACAUUAGCCAAGCCCUCAUCUUCCACCAGGUCCGUAAGUAUCUGCUGAUGUUGGACAUCCGCAAGGAACACGUCAAGUUUUGGCGUCCCCAAGUCCUGCUCAUGGUACGGAACCCUCGGACGUCCCUGCAGCUGAUCAGCUUCAUUAAUGACCUGAAGAAGAGCGGCUUGUAUGUGCUCGGUCACGUGGAGCUGAACAACCUCGACUCCCUGCCUGCCGACCCGCUGGCCGACCAGUCUGACUCGUGGCUGCAGCUCGUGGACAAACUGAACAUCAAGGCCUUCGUCAACCUGACGCUCUCGGACUCGGUGAGGCACGGCACCCAGCAGCUGCUUUUCAUCUCUGGCUUGGGAGGCAUGAGGCCUAACACCGUUGUGCUAGGUUUCUACGACAACAGUGCCUCCCAGGACUGCCUGUCCCAACACCCGUCCUUCAGCAGCGAGGAGGCGGCCUGGCAGAAUUUCCCUCCGGUGUUGAAAUCGGAGAGCCAGAAGCGGCUGUCCUCCCGCGAGUACGUGGCCAUUAUAGCCGACGCGGGGAAGAUGCUUCGUAACGUCCUGCUUGCCCGCUACUUCGACGAGCUGAAGCUGCCUCAGGCGUUAGGGUGGCGGGCACAGCCCCUCAUUGACGUCUGGCCCAUCAAUUUGCUGCGUCCGGACAGCGCUCGCUACGUGGACACCAGCAGCCUCUUCCUGCUCCAGAUGGCCUGCGUCCUAGCGAUGGCCCGGGCCUGGCGCCGGGCCCGCUUGCGCCUGUUCCUGUGCGUGGAGAGCGGCACCCGGCCCCGUGGCCAGGAGGACAAGUUGCGGCAGCUCCUGAAGGACCUGCGCAUCCAAGCGGACAUCCACAUGGUGCCAUGGGACGACGUGGUCGCCCUCCACUGGCACAGCCGCCAGGAGGGAGCAGGAGAGGGUGACGUCAUCAACUUCCCGGGCAAUGUUGCCUGCGUUUCCGACGAGUAUCUGGGCGCAGUCAACCAGCUCAUUCUCCGGCAGAGCUCCGCGCCCACCGUCCGCUUCCUCUACCUGCCCCGUCCCCCCGCCGAUACCAACCUGUACCUCAGGUACUUGGUUCAGCUUGAACUCCUCACCCGUGGGUUGGGGCCCACUUUGCUGGUGCACGGGGUCAGUGCUGUGACCAGCACCGAACUGUAGGCCACGUGCGUGAGGUCUCUGAGUAAUGGGCUCAGGGCGGUUUGCUUGCUGUUGUACACUAUGGUCAAGGGUUUGGUGACUAGCGAAACACCGGACUGGGAUAAUGUAUGAAGGAACAAAGGCGAGACGAGCUGAAGAGAGAUUACUGCAGCUCCUCUAUUCGCUCUGCCUGAGCUGGCUCUCGUCACCCGUCUUCCCUUUUCCCCACAAAUUGGGCCACUUUUGAGGCCUCCCAAACACGGGAACAGUGAGCAAGGCCUGGUGCUCGGCAAAGCUGUUGUAGCCACGAGAGGACUGUUACCACCAUGUGCCUUCUGCUUGCACUGUUCCUUUGCACUCCGGCAGAGGUGGAACGUAGCAAGACCAAGGAAUGUCAAGCCAGCACCGGGUUCCUCGAUUCGACUCUUGUCAGCAAGGAAUCUCCAUGGGUCAGUGGCCUUGGAAACUCUGGGACCGCCACCUUUCUUUUGACACUUGUAGAAAUGGGAACAAAAUUAAAAAUGGCAUUGUUGGAUCUAA